AUGAUAUCCUAUUCUUUUCUUUCCUGGUGUUUUGUACUGUAUUCUCUUGUGCUGUAUCUUUGCGUAUCCGGCUCGCUCCUGUCUGUGUGCACAAGACCGAAGACACUGUGCUGUAGUGGAAUGGAGGGGGGGGGGGGGGGAGGGAACUAUGGAGAGCCAGAGAUAUCCCAAUCACAUAUACAGAUAACUCAAAAAUUGUACUUUACACAGUGUAAUAUGCACAUAUUAUAUUCCAGCACCCGCAAACAGUGGGGAAAAUCAAGAGGUGAUGGGGGUUUACCCCGGAAAAUAGUACAACCGACCGAAAUCUCGGGAAAGGGGGAAAUUGGAACAGUGGGCGAUUCUCUCUUUCUCCCUCGUUUGAUCCGUCUGUUUCUCUACAAUGGGCUGGAAGAGGAGGCGACAAGGAAAAUGAGAUUUUUUUUUUUCCCAGUCUUCAAAACGGAAUUUCGUCGCCCGUUUCGCGGUUGUUGA